AAUUUUCCUCCUUCCUUUCCCUCCCCCACCCCUAAAACAAACCAUAACACGCUGCGCCCGCCUGCUGCCUACCCGCCCCAGCGCGCGGCCUGUUCCCUAGCAUUUUUCCCUCUCCCACUCUCUUCGUGUACACAUUCUCAGGACAAUAGCAUACAUACCUGCCAUAGCAAUCAUGUCUCGCAAGAACGAAGCCAAGGCCAAGGACGCCAUUGUCACCGUCAACAUUGACGACUUUACUCGUACCCGCGACAGUGUCAUCGUCAGCCUUGCCUCUCUGCAGUCAGCUGUGUCUGAUCUGUCUCGCGCCUACAUCAACCAUGCAAACACCGUCCUGAACCGUGGCCCUGUUGGCAUCGAAAGCAGCCUGGGCAGCGGUCUCGCAGGUGGCCUUGCCUCUACUCUCCUCGAGAAUGGACUGCUUGCUGGCUUGCCUCGUCACGUGAGCCCACAUGAGGGCAAAGUUGAAGGUGAAAAGAAGAAGCGCAAGCGCGUUGCGCAUGAUCCUAAUGCCCCUAAGCGUGCCCUGACUCCCUACUUCUUGUACAUGAGUCACAACCGUGCCGCUAUUGCAGAAGAGAUGGGUUCUGAUGCCAAGCCCAAGGAUGUCGCCGAGGAAGGCACUAAGCGCUGGGCUGAAAUGCCUGAGUCGGAGAAGGGGGUCUGGAAGAAACUUUAUGCAGACAACCUUGCCGUCUACAGAGCCAAGAUGCAGGCGUAUAAGGCUGGACUUGCACCUCCUGAAGACGACAAUGCUACUGCCGACAUUCAGUUGCAACAGAGCGUCGCUGCCGCCGAGGCCGAGGCCGAAGAGUCCUCUUCGUCAGGGGGCGAAGAAGAGGAUGGCGAUGAAGACGAAUCAUCCCCUGAGCCCAAAGAACCCACUCCCCCUCCCAGCGGCAAGCGUCGUCGUGUUGGAGGCAAGGCCAACACUGCCUCUUCGCCAGUUGUUAGCAAGAAGGCCUCGCCUGAAAAGAAAAAGACUCAGACCCCUGUUUCCAAAGGCAAGAAGGAGGAUCCUGCGUCCGCUCGCAAGCCUCUUGGCUCUACUGAAGGCAAGCGCAACAAGAAGAAGCGCAAGAGCGAGGUCGGUGGAGACGAGUAAGUGCGCAACUCGCGUUGCUAAUUUAUCAGCUGUCGUGUGGCGGUGCUUCUUUGUACAUAAUCUUUUCUCCGUGGCCCCAAUGUGAGAUCCUGUGAUCUGAGAGUUUGUCGGCGCAUAGCUUAUUCUGUUUUGUUUUCUUGAUGCAAACAUGGGUUGGUUUAGGUGGGAUCGUGAGGGCGCUGGGUCUUCGGGUUGUGUCCAAAAAUUAUCGCGGUUCAGAAUAAUUCAGUUCAAUUAAUACCAGUCAAUUUUCA